AUGACAGCUGCCCCAACAACCACAACAGCUGCUCCAACAACCACAACAGCUGCUCAAACCACAACAACAGCUGCCCCAACAACCACAACAGCUGCUCCAACAACCACUACAGCUGCGCCAACCACAACAACAAUUGCCCCAACAACCACGACAGGUGCCCCAUCAACCACGACAGCUGCCCCAACAACCACAACAGCUGUUCCAACAACCACUACAGAUGUACCAACAACCACGACAUCUCUUCCAACAACCACGACAGUUGCUGCUACGACAACAACAGCUGCUCCAACAACCACUACACCUGCUCCAACGACUACAACAGCUGCACCUACAACCACUACAGUUGCUCCAAAGACUACAACAACUGCACCUACAACCACAACAACUACUCCAACGACUACGACAGCGGCUCCAACAACCACGACAGAUUCUCCAACAACGACAACAGCUGCACCAACAACCACUACAUCUGCCCAAACAACCACAUCAGCUACUCCAGCAACUACAACAGCGGCAUCUACAACCACUACCGCUGCUCCAAUGACCUCAACAGCUCUGCACCUACAACCAACACAGCUACUCCAAUGA